AUGUCCAAACAAUCUCAACGCCUUCCAGCACCUUCCCUCUUCGUGGGCCCGCCCUCUCACAACGCCAGCAAUGCAUCUCUAAGCCGCGCAAACACAAACGCCUCACAAUCCUCUCGACCCACCGUACCGUCAUCACAGAUCCCUGGGCCCGACUCACCCUCACUAUCGCAUUCCCAACUCUCACGCUCAAACACCAGAGAUGGUGUGAGCAGGACAAACACAAGAGACACACGAGACCCUCCAAGUCGCACGCAAACAAGAGAUGCACUGAGUAGAACAAAUACAAAUCUCUCCAUCCGCCCCGACGGCCUACACCCCCCAACCUCUACGACCCAAGACGAAAGAGAAGCCAAAGAAGGAGUAGGAUUGGCAAACACCACUGUGAAUGAUGAAGUCAAACGUCAACGCCCUCGACGAGGAACAGCGGUAUUAGAUGCCCAUUGGGCAGCCCUCCAAUCCACACUCUCUGAUGUCGAAUUAAGUGCUUCAAGUUCCGCACACGUAUUCAACUCUGCUCAUGCAAAAGCAUUGGAGGAGUUACGUGCAGCUCAGGUAGAACUCGCGAGGGCGUGGGGUCAAACUGAUGAUUCUACGACUUUACCUUCGUCUACUUCUGCUUCUGCUUCAUCGCCGACCAAGAAACACUCUACGGCAAAAGAUCAACAACAUAAAAACAACAAUGAGAACGAAGAAUACAACGAUGGAGGUAGAAAACUCUCGACUACAACAACGCUGGAUCUAAACGACGCGGCCAAGAGAAGAGAAGCCAGUGAUAGAUACUUUGCUGCUGUCAAGGGAGGUGUACAGGAAGUUGUUAGAAAGCUUGAUGGUGUGGCUGAUGCGAUGAGGGAGGUCGAGAUGCAGAGUAGAGAUAUCUGGGGUGGUGGUGAGGGGGAGAGUAGUGAGUUGACGGAAAGUGAAUUUGGGAGUUUGGGUUCUUGA